CAUCCGGCCCCGGCCCCAGGGCUCCUCCCCAGUCUACGAGUGUCCAGCAGAGGGUGCAGGCUUCAGAGUGCAGUCUGUGCAGGAGGCGAUGGAGGUGAUGUUCAAGACGGAGGUGGAGGCGGGAGCCAGCGGCUACAGCGUCACAGGUGGUGGAGACCAGGGGAUCUUUGUCAAGCAAGUGCUGAAGGACUCCUCUGCGGCCAAGCUCUUUAGCCUGAGAGAAGGUGACCAGCUGCUCAGUGCCACCAUAUUCUUUGAUGACAUUAAGUAUGAAGAUGCACUCAAGAUCCUGCAGUACUCAGAGCCAUACAAGGUGCAGUUCCAGAUCAAACGGCAACUCCAUGCUGCCAAGGACCAGCAGGACAAAGAGGCUGCAGAACGGUGUGCAGAGAUACCCACAAAGGCCCUGGAGGAGGAUGGAGACCGGGAAAGGCUCAUUGCCAAGCCCAGGGAGGCCCGAGGCAGGAGGCCCCGGGAGAGGCUCUCCUGGCCCAAGUUCCAAGGCAUGAAGGGCAAGCAGGGGCCAGGGCCCCGGCGCUCACAUAGCUCCUCUGAGGCCUAUGAGCGUGGGGGUGCACGGGAAGUGUCCCCCACCAGCACAGACACAGAGUUCCAGUUCCCAGCUGAGGACUGGGAGCAGAAGGCAGGGACAGGUGGUCAGAGGAGGAGGAGAAGGUUUCUGAACCUGAGGUUCAAGAUGGGCUCCAGGCCGGAGCGGACUGCCACAGGGUACCUGGACCGAGAGGCACUUGGUGGACUGGAAACAGGCAGCAUGCUGGAGGAGAAGCCAGAGGACACAGGGACUACACCGAGUGGCAGGAGCCAGGAGAAGGUACGGAUGCAAGAGGCCAGGCAAGCGUUGACCACGCAGCAGGCCACGGAGCUCAGCUUCACUGGAAAAGGGGAACAAGACACAGCCAGGCCACAAAGGAAGAUGAAGCAGCUGAAAGCCAGAGAGGAGAUAACCACAUACAUAAAAGCCAGAGCCCUGCCAGCCCCAGGAGGGAGCAAGGACCAAGAAUGGGAGGAAAGCCUAGAAAAUGGAUUCAUGACUAUGUCUCCCCAAGACACAACAGUCACAGCAGGGACACAGGAAAAAUCCCAAGAAAUCCAGGUCCGAAUACACGAACUAAAGAUCCCCAAGUUUACAUUUCCUGGGGAAAAAGUACAGGAGAUUGGAGAAGAGAUUGGAGAAAAGAUUGGAGGACUGCAGCAGACCAGGCCAGUGACAUUUACAGCCCAGGAUGGACACAAGGCAGAGAAAGAAGCAGAAACUAAUGGACAGCAAGCACAACAACAAACAGUACCAGGAGAAGAAAAACAUGAGAUCUCAAAACUGAGGGGAAAACAGAGAGACGAAGGUGAAGAGACACAGAAAGAAUGGGGGAAAGAAAAGACUAAAUUACCAAUGACAAAAAGCCCAGAAUUUGGGUGGUCAGAAAAAAAGGAAGGAACAACAGAGAGAAGAAAGGACACUACAGGAAAACAAAAACAAAAAAUAACAUACAGAGAAAAAGAGGAGACAAGCAAGAGUAGAAGGGUGGACUUGCAGGGACUCGAGGUGGACAUCAAGGGUGUCACACCGGAGAUGAAAGGCUCGAAGCAUGAGGUGGGCACAUCCCAGGUGUCACUGGCCAGCAUGGAGGUGGACGCCCAGGCUGCUGGCGGCAAACUGGAGAGCGUAGAGGCAGCCAAAGACAGCAAGUUUAAGAUGCCCAAGUUCAAAAUGCCCUCCUUUGGCAUAUCGACCUCUGCAAAGUCAACUAAGGCUUCCCUGGAGGUGUCCACUCCCAAAUUAGAGACUGACGUGAUUCUGCCCACCAUCCAAAGUGAACUAAAAAUGCCUGAGGUCAGUGCUCAGCUGCCCUGCCCUGAAGUGGACCUGCAGGCCAGCCAGGUGGAAAUGAAGCUUCCCGAGGACGAGCUAACCACCAGGGGUGGAGGCCUGAAAGGGCAGGUGCCCAAGGUGCAGAUAGGUAGCAUCAAGAUGCCCAAAGUGGACCUCAAAAGCCCACAGGUGAACAUCAAGGGUCCCAGAGUGGAGUUGAAAGGACCCAAGGGCAAGGUGGGUGAUCCUGAGCUGGAGGUGUCACUGCCCAGUGAGGAAGUGGACAUCCAGGCUGCCGGUGGCAAGCUAGAAGGUGAAGUGGAGGCCAAAGAGAGCAAGUUCAAGAUUCCCAAGUUCAAGAUGCCGUCCUUUGGCAUGUCAGCAACUGGCAAGAUGCUCGAGUCCUCGCUGGAGGUCUCCACACCCAAGCUGGAGGCAGACAUGGACCUACCCACCAUCCAGGGUGAAGUGAAGACCCCUGAGGUCAGCAUUCAGCUGCCUUCCACUGAUACAGACCUGCAGGCCAGCCAGGGUGGUGUGAAGGUGCCCAAAGCAGAGCUGUCCACCAGGCAUCCAGACCUCAAAGGGCACCUGCACAAGGUGCACAUGCCCAGCAUUGAGAUGCCAAAAGUAGACCUCAAGGGACCCCAGAUGGACAUCAAGGGCCACAGAGUGGACAUGAAAGGACCCAAGGGUGAGGUGGGUGAUUCCGAGGUGGAGGUGGCACCACCCAACUUGGAGGUGGUUGUCCAGGCUUCCAGCAAAAAGCUGCAGGGUGAAGUGGAGGCCGAAGACAGCAAGUUCAAGAUGCCAUCCUUUGGGGUGUCCACCACUGACAAGACUCUCAAGGCCUUGCAUGAAGCACCCACCCCCAAGCUGGAGGCCAAUGUGGACCAACUCGCCAUCCAGGGUGAAGUGAAGACCCCUGAGGUCAGCAUUCAGCUGCCCUCCACCGACAUGGACCUGCAGGCCAGCCAGGGGGGUGUAAAGAUGCCCGAGGCAGAGCUGUCCAUGGGGGUUCCAGGCCUGAAAGGGCAGCUGCACAAGGUGCACAUGCCCAGCAUCAAGAUGCCCAAAGUGGACCUCAAGGGCCCACAGGUGGACAUCAAGGGCCCCAGCAUGGACUUGAAAGGAGCCACGGGUGAGGUGAGAGCUCCCGAGGUGGACGUGUCACUGCCCAGCAUGCAGGUGGAUGUUCAGCCUGCAGGCGGUAAAUUUGAGGGGAAUUUGGGGGCCAAAGAGAGCAAGUUCAAGAUGCCCAAGUUCAAGAUGCCCUCCUUCGGCAUGUCAGCCCCUGGCAAGACCCUCGAGGCCUCACUGGAAGUAUCCAAGCCCAAGCCGGAGGCUGACGUGGACCUGCCUGCCAUCGAGGGUGAGGUUGAGACCCCUGAAGUCGGCAUUCAGCUCCCCUCCACCAACGUAGAUCUGCACCGUGGUCAGGUGGGUGUGAAGCUGCCCAAGGCAGAGCUGUGCACAGGGCAUCCAGGCCUCAAAGGGCACCUGCCCAAGGUUCAGAUACUCACCAUGAAGAUUCCUAAAGUGGACCUCAAGGGCCCGCAGGUGGACAUCAAGGGCCCCAGAGUGGACUUGAAAGGAGCCAAGGGUGAGGUGGGCGCUCCCGAGGUGGAUUUGUCACUGCUCAGCAUUCAGACGGAUAUUCAGGCCUCAGGAGGCAAGCCUGAAGAUUUUGGGGCCAAAGAGAGCAAGUUCAAGAUGCCAAAGUUCAAGAUGCCCUCCUUCACCAUGUCUGCCACCGACAAGAUCCUCAAGUCCUCCCUGGAGGUCUCCAAACCCAAGCUAGAGCAUGACGUGGACCUACCUGCCAUCCAGAGUGAAGUGAAGACCACUGAGGUCAGCAUUCAGCUACCCUCCACUGACAUGGGCUUGCAGGCCAGCCAGGUGAGUGUAAAGAUGCCCGAGGCAGAGCUGUCCACAGGGGGUCCAGGCCUGAAAGGGCAGCUGCCCAAGGUGCCCAUGCCCAGCAUCAAGAUGUCUAAAGUGGACCUCAAGGGCCCACAGGUGGACAUCAAGGGCCCCAGAGUGGAGUUGAAAGGACCCAAGGGUGAGGUGGGUGAUCCUGACCUGGAGGUGUCACUGCCCAGCGCGGGGGUGGACCUCCAGGCUGCCGGCGGCAAGCUGCAGGGUGAAGUGGAGGCUAAAGACAGCAAGUUCAAGAUGCCCAAGUUCAAGAUGCCCUCAUUUGACCUGUCAGAGCCCAGCAAGCCAAGUGAGGCCUCCCUGGAGGUCUCCACACUCAGUCUGGAGGCCGAUGUGGAACUACCCGCCAUCCAGGGUGACAUAAAGACCCCUGAGGUCAGCAUUCAGCUGCCCUCCACCAAUAUGGACCUCCAGGCCAGCCAGGUGGAUGUAAAGAUACCUGAGGUACAGCUGUCCAUGGGGGGUCCAGUCCUCAAAGGGCACCUGCCCAAGGAUGAGAUGCUGAAAGUGGACCCCAAGGGACUGCAGGUGAACAUCAAAGGCCUAAGAGCAGACUUGAAAGGACCGAAGGAUGAGGUGGGCGUUCCUGAGCUGGAGGUGUCAAUGCCCUGCUUGGAGGUGGACAUCCAGGCUGCCAGUGGCAAGCUGGAAGGUGAAGUGGAGGCCAAACACAGCAAGUUCAAGUUGCCCAAGUUCAAGAUGCCCUACUCUGGCCAAUCACCCCCCGGCAAGUCCCUCGAGGCCUCGCUAGAAGUGUCCACACCCAAGCUGGAGGCCGACAUGGUUCUACCCAUCAUCCAGAGUGAAGUUAAGACCCCUGAGGUCAGCAUUCAGCUCCCCUCCACCGAUGUAGACCAGCAGAGUGGCCAGGUGGGCAUGAAGCUGCCCAAGGCUCAGCUGCCCACUGGGCAUUCAGGCCUCAAAGGGCACCUUCCCAAGGUUCAGAUACCCACCAUGAAGAUUCCUAAAGUGGACCUCAAGGGCCCACAGUUGGACAUCAAGGGCACCAGAGUGGAACUGAAAGGAGCCAAGGGUGAGGUGGGCACUCCCGAGGUGGACAUGUCACUGCCAAGUGCUCAGAUGGAUGUUCAGGCUGCAGGAGGUAAGCCUGAGGAGCAUUUGGAGGCCAAAGACAGCAAGUUCAAGAUGUCCAAGUUCAAGAUGCCAUGCUUUGAUGUGUCCACCACUGACAAGACUCUCGAGGCCUCACAUGAAGUGUCCAUGCCCAAGCUGGAGGCAGAUGUGGACCUACCCGCCAUCCAGAGUGAUGCGAAGACCCCUGAGGUCAGCAUUCAGCUCCCCUCCACCGACAUGGACCUGCAGGCCAGCCAGGGGGGCGUGAAGGUGCCCAAGGCAGAACUGCCCACCAGGCAUCCAGACCUCAAAGGGCAGCUGCCCAAUGUGCACAUGCCUAGCAUCAAGAUGUCCAAAGUGGACCUCAAGGGCCUACAGGUGGGCAUCAAGAGCCCCAGAGUGGACUUGAAAGGAACCAAUGGUGAUGUGGGCUCUCCUGAGGUGGAUGUGUCACUGCCCAGCAUUCAGGUGGAUGUUCAGGCAGCAGGCAGCAAGCCUGACGGGGAUUUUGGGGCCAAAGAGAGCAAGUUCAAGAUGCCCUCCAUCAGUAUGUUGGCCCCUGGCAAGUCCCUUGAGUCCUUGCUGGAAGUAUCCACACCCAAACUGGAGGCCGACGUGGACUUACCAACCAUCCAGGGUGAUGCAAAAACCCCUGAGGUCAGCAUUCAGCUUCCCUCCAUGAACAUGGACGUGCAGGACAGCCAGGUGGGCAUGAAGCUGCCUGAGGCAGAACUGCCCACCGGGCAUCCAGGCCUGAAAGGGCAGCUCCCCAAGGUGCACAUGCUGAGAAUCAAGAUGCCUAAAGUGGACCUCAAGGGCCCACAGGUGGACAUCAAGGGCCCCAGCGUGGACUUGAAAGGAGCCAACAGUGAUGUGGGCGCUCCCGAGGUGGACAUGUCACUGCCCAGCGUUCAGGUGGAUGUUCAGGCCUCAGGCAGUAAACUUGAGGGUGAUUUGGGGUCCAAAGAGAGCAAGUUCAAGAUGCCCAAUUUCAAGAUACCCUCCUUUGGUGUAUUGGCACCCAGCAAGUCCCUUGAGUCCUCGCUGGAAGUAUCCACACUCAAGUUGGAGGCCGAUGUGGACCUACCCGCCAUCCAGGGUGAUGCAAAGACCCCUGAGGUCAGCAUUCAGCUGCCUUCCCAUGACAUGGACCUCCAGGCCACCCAGCUGAGCAUGAAGUUGCCUGAGGCAGAGAUGCCCAUUGGGCAUUCAGGCCUCAAAGGGCACCUUCCCAAGGAGACGAUGCCCAAAGUGGACCUCAAGGGCCCACAGGUCGACAUCAAAGGCCCCAGAGUGAAUUUGAGAGGACCCAAGGGUGACAUGAGAGUUCCCAAGCUGGAGGUGUUGCUGCCCACUGUGGAGGCGGACAUCGAGUCUGCCGGCGGCAAGCUGGAAGGUGAAGUGGAGGCAGAAGACAGCAAGUUCAAGAUGUCCUUCUUUGGCAUGUCGGCACCCGAAAAUACCAUUGAGUCCUCUCUGGAGGUAUCCUCGCCCAAGCUGGAGAAUGAUGUGGACAUACCCACCAUCGAGGGUGAUGUGAAGACUCCUGAGGUCAGCAUUCAGUUCCCCUCCACCAACAUGGACCUGCAAGCCGGCCAAGUUGGAGUGAAGCUGCCUGAGGCAGAGCUACCCCCUGGCCAUCCAGACCUGAAAGGGCAGCUGCCCAAGGUUCAGAUGCCCAGCAUCAAGAUGACUAAAGUGGACCUCAAGGGUCCAGAGGUUGACAUCAAGGGCACCAGUGUGGAUUUGAAAAGACCCAAGGGUGAGGUGAGAGCUUCUGAGAUGGACGUGUCACUGGCAAGAAUUGAGGUAGAUGUUCAGGCCUCAGGUGGUAAACUUGAGGGAGAUUUGGGGGCCAAAGACAGCAGGUUCAAGAUGCCCAAGUUCAAGAUGCCCUCCUUUGGCCAAUCAGCCCCCAGCAAGUCUCUUGAGGCCUCACUGGAAGUUUCCACACCUAAGCUGGUGGCCGACGUGGUCCUACCCACCAUCCAGAGUGAAUUUAAGACCCCUGAGGUCAACAUUCAGCUCCCCUCCACUGACGUAGACCAGCAGAGUGGCCAGGUGGGCAUGAAGCUGCCGGAGGCACAGCCUUCUACCAGGCAUCCAGGCCUCAAAGGGCACCUGCCCAAGGUUCAGAUACCCACCAUGAAGAUUCCUAAAGUUGAUCUCAAGGGCCCACAGUUGGACAUCAAGGGCCCCAGAGUGGAAUUGAAAGGAGCCAAGGGUGAGGUGGGCACACCCGAGGUAGAUGUGUCACUGCCCUGUGUUCAGAUGGAUGUUCAGGCUGCAGGAGGUAGGCUUGAGGAGCAUUUAGCGGGCAAAGACAGCAAGUUCAAGAUGCCUAAGAUCAAGAUGCGGUCCUUUGGGAUGUCCACCACUGACAAGACCCUCGAGGCCUUGCAUGAAGUGUCCAUGCCCAAGCUGGAGGCCAACGUGGACCUACCCGCCAUCCAGGGUGAUGUGAAGACCCCUGAGGUCAGCCUUGAGCUGCCCUCCACCAACAUGGACCUGCAGGCCAGCCAGGGGGGUGUAAAGACGCCUGAGGCAGAGCUGUCCAUGGGGGGUCCAGGCCUGAAAGGGCAGCUACACAAAGUGCAUGUGCCCGGCAUCAAGAUGCCCAAAGUGGACCUCAAGGGCCCACAGAUGGAUGUCAAGGGCCCCAGGGUGGAGAUGAAAGGACCCAAGGGUGAGGUGGGUGAUCCUGACCUGGAGGUGUCACUGCCCAGCGGAGAGGUGGACAUCCAGGCUUCUGGCAUCAAGCUAGAAGGUGAAGUGGAGGCCAAAGAGAGCAAGUUGAAGAUGCCGAAGUUCAAAAUGCCAUCCUUUGGCGUUUUGGUGCCUGGCAAGAUGCUUGAGUCCUCGCUGGAGGUCUCCACACUCAAGCUGGAGGCAGACAUGGACCUACCCUCCAUCCAGGGUGAAGUGAAGAACCCUGAAGUCAGCAUUCAGCUCCCCUCCACCGACAUGGACCUGCAGGCCAGCCAGGGUUGUGUGAAGGUGCCCAUGGCAGAACUGCCCACCAGGCAUCCAGACCUCAAAGGGCAGCUGCUCAAGGUGCACAUGCAUAGCAUCAAGAUGCCCAAAGUGGAACUCAAGGGCCCACAGGUGGACAUCAAGAGCCCCAGCUUGGACUUGAAAGGAGCCAAGGGUGAUGUGGGCUCUCCUGAGGUGGACGUGUCACUGCCAAUCAUUCAGGCGGAUGUUCAGGCAGCAGGCAGCAAGCUUGAGGGUGAUUUUGGUGCCAAAGAGAGCAAGUUCAAGAUGCCCAAAUACAAGAUGCCCUCCAUCAGCAUGUCGGUCCCCGGCAAGUCCCUUGAGUCCUCUCUGGAAGUAUCCACAACCAACCUGGAGGCUGACAUGGACCUACCAACCAUCCAGGGUGAUGCAAAGACCCCUGAGGUCAGCAUUCAGCUUCCCUCCACAGACAUGGACCUGCAGGACAGCCAGGUGGGCAUGAAGCUGCCUGAGUCAGAGCUGUCCACCAGGCAUCCAGGCCUGAAAGGGCAACUGCCCAAGGUUCCGAUACCCACCAUGAAGAUUCCUAAAGUAGACCUCAAGGGCCCACAGGUUGACAUCAAGGGCCCCAGAGUGGACUUGAAAGGAGCCAAGGGUGAUGUGGGUGCUCCCGAGGUGGAUGUGUCACUGCCCAGCAUUCAGGUGGAUGUUCAGGCCUCAGGCGGUAAACUUGAGGGGGAUUUGGGGUCCAAAGAGAGCAAGUUCAAGAUGCCCAAGUUCAAGAUGCCCUCCUUCGGUGUAUCGGCCCCUGGCAAGUCCCUUGAGUCCUCCCUGGAAGUAUCCACACCCAAGUUGGAGGCCGACGUGGACCUACCCACCAUUCAGAGUGACGUGAAGAACCCUGAGAUCCACAUUCAGCUGCCUUCCCAUGACAUGGACCUCCAGGCCACUCAGGUGAGCAUGAAGUUGCCUGAGGCAGAGCUGUCCACUGGUCAUCCAGGCCUCAAAGGGCACCUUCCCAAGGAGGAAAUGCCCAAAGUGGACCUCAAGGGCCCGAAGGUCGACAUCAAAGGCCCCAGAUUGGACUUGAGAGGACUGACAGGUGACGUGGGAAUUCCUGAGCUGGAGGUGUCGCUGCCCACUGUGGAGGUGGUCAUCGAGGCUGCCGGCGGCAAGCUGGAAGGUGAAGUUGAAGCAAAAGACAGCAAGUUCAAGAUGCCCAAGUUUAAGAUGCCCUCCUUUGGCAUGUCAGCACCUGAAAAUGCCAUUGAGUCCUCCCUGGACCUAUCCUUGCCCAAACUGGAGAAUGACAUGGACAUACCCACCAUCGAGGGUGACGGGAAGACUCCUGAGGUCAGCAUUCAGCUCCCCUCCACCAACAUGGACCUGCAGGAUGGCCAAGUGGGUGUGAAGCUGACUGAGGCAGAGCUGCCCCCUGGCCAUCCAGACCUGAAAGGGCAGCUGUCCAAGGUUCAGAUGCCCAGCAUCAAGAUGACUAAUGUGGACCUCAAGGGCCCAGAAGUUGACAUCAAGGGCACCAGUGUGGAUUUGAAAAGACCCAAGGGUGAGGUGAGAGCUCCCGAGUUAGAUGUGUCACUGGCAAGAAUUGAGGUAGAUGUUCAGGCCUCAGGCGGUAAACUUGAGGGAGAUUUGGGGGCCAAAGACAGCAGGUUCAAGAUGCCCAAGUUCAAGAUGCCCUCCUUUGGCCAAUCAGCCCCCGGCAAGUCUCUUGAGGCCUCACUGGAAGUUUCCACGCCCAAGCUGGAGGCCGACGUGGUCCUACCCACCAUCCAGAGUGAAGUUAAGACCCCUGAGGUCAACAUUCAGCUCCCCUCCACUGACGUAGACCAGCAGAGUGGCCAGGUGGGCAUGAAGCUGCCCAAGGCACAGCUGCCCACCUGGCAUCCAGGCCUCAAAGGGCACCUGCCCAAGGUUCAGAUACCCACCAUGAAGAUUCCUAAAGUUGAUCUCAAGGGCCCACAGUUGGACAUCAAGGGCCCCAGAGUGGAAUUGAAAGGAGCCAAGGGUGAGAUGGGCACUUCCAAGGUGGACAUGUCACUGCCAAGUGUUCAGAUGGAUGUUCAGACCUCAGGAGGUAAGCCUGAGGAGGAUUUGGGGGCCAAAGACAGCAAGUUCAAGAUGCUCAAUUUCAAGAUGCCAUCCUUUGGGAUGUCCACUGACAAGACCCUCGACAAGACCCUCGAGGCCUUGCAUGAAGUGUCCAUGCCCAAGCUGGAGGCCAACGUGGACCUACCCGCCAUCCAGGGUGAUGUGAAGACCCCUGAGGUCAGCAUUGAGCUGCCCUCCACCAACAUGGACCUGCGGGCCAGCCAAGGGGGUGUAAAGAUGCCCAAGGCAGAGCUGUCCAUGGGGGGUCCAGGCCUGAAAGGACAGCUGCCCAAGGUGCACAUGCCCAGCAUCAAGAUGCCCAAAGUGGACCUCAAGGGCCCACAGGCGGACAUCAAGGGCCCCAGAGUGGAGUUGAGAGGACUCAAGGGUGAGGUGGGUUAUCCUGAGCUGGAGGUGUCACUGCUCAGUACAGGGGUGGACAUCCAGGCUGCUGGCAUCAAGCUAGAAGGUGAAGUGGAGGCCAAAGAGAGCAUGUUCAACAUGCCCAAGUUCAAGAUGCCCUCCUUUGGCAUGUCAGCUCCCAAAAAUACAAUCGAGUCCUCCCUGGAGGUAUUCUCGUCCAAGCUGGAGAAUGAUGUUGACAUACCCACCAUCCAGAGUGAUGUGAAGACUCCUGAGGUCAGCAUUCAGCUCCCCUCCACCAACAUGAACCUGCAGGCAGGCCAAGUGGGCGUGAAGCUGCCUGAGGCAGAGCUGCCCCUUGGCCAUCCAGAUCUGAAAGGGCAGAUGUCCAAGGUUCAGAUGCCCAGCAUCAAGAAGACUCAAGUGGACCUCAUGGGCCAACAGGUGGACAUCAAGGGCACCAGUGUGGAUUUGAAAAGACCCAAGGGUGAGGUGAGAGCUCCCGAGAUCGAUGUGUCACUGCCAUGUGUUGAGGUAGAUUUUAAGGCCUCAGGAGGUAAACUUGAGGGAGUUUUGGGGGCCAAAGACAGCAGGUUCAAGAUGCCCAAGUUCAAGAUGCCCUCCUUUGGCCAAUCGGCCCCCAGCAAGUCCCUUGAGACCUCGCUGGAAGUUUCCACGCCCAAGCUGGAGGCCGACGUGGUCCUACCCACCAUCCAGAGUGAAUUUAAGACCCCUGAGGUCAACAUUCAGCUCCCCUCCACUGACGUAGACCAGCAGAGUGGCCAGGUGGGCAUGAAGCUGCCCGAGGCACAGCUGCCCACCGGGCAUCCAGGCCUCAAAGGGCUCCUGCCCAAGGUUCAGAUACCCACCAUGAAGAUUCCUAAAGUGGAUCUCAAGGGCCCACAGUUGGACAUCAAGGACCCCAGAGUGGAAUUGAAAGGAGCCAAGGGUGAGGUGGGCACUCCCGAGGUGGACAUGUCACUGCCAAGUGUUCAGAUGGAUGCUCAGGCUGCAGGAGGUAAGCCUGAGGAGGAUUUGGGGGCCAAAGACAGCAAGUUCAAGAUGCCCAAGUUCAAGAUGCUGUCCUUUGGGGUGUCCACCACUGAGAAGACUCUUGAGGCCUCGCAUGAAGUGUCCACGCCCAAGCUGGAGGCCAAGUUGGACCUCCCCACCAUCCAGGGUGAUGUGAAGACCCCUGAAGUCAGCAUUGAGCUGCCCUCCACCGACAUGGACAUGCAGGCCAGCCAGGGAUGUGUAAAGAUGCCCCAGGCAGAUCUGUCCAUUGGGGGUCCAGGCCUGAAAGCGCAGCUGCCCAAGGUGCACAUGCCUAGCAUCAAGAUGCCCAAAGUGGACCUCAAGGGCCCACAGGUGGAUGUCAAGGGCCCCAGAGUGGAGAUGAAAGGACCCAAGGGUGAGGUGGGUGAUCCUGACCUGGAGGUGUCACUGCCCAGCGCAGAGGUGGACAUUCAGGCUGCCAGCGUCAAGCUAGAAGGUGAAGUGGAGGCCAAAGAGAGCAAGUUCAAGAUUCCCAAGUUCAAGAUGCCAUCCUUUGGCAUGUCAGUGACCGGCAAGAUGCUCGAGUCCUCACUGGAGGUCUCCACACCCAAGCUCGAGGCAGACGUGGACGUACCCGCCAUCCAGGGUGAAAUGAAGACCCCUGAGGUCAGCAUUCAGCUGCCUUCCCAUGACAUGGACCCCCAGGCCUCUCAGGUGGGCAUGAAGCUGCCUGAGGCAGAACUGCCCGCCGGGCAUCCAGGCCUCAAAGGGAACCUACCCAAGGAGGAGAUGUCCAAAAUGAACCUCAAGGGCCUGCAGGUCGACAUCAAAGGCCCCAGAGUGAACUUGAAAGGACUGAAGGGUGACCUCAGAGUUCCUGAGCUGGAGGUGUCACUGCCCAACGUGGAGGUGGACAUCCAGUCUGCUGGCAGCAACCUUGUCGGCGAUUUGGAGGCACAAGACAACAAGUUCAAGAUGCCCUCCUUUGGCAUGUCUGCACUCGGAAAGACCAUUGAGUCCUCCCUGGAGGUCUCCUUGCCCAAGCUGGAGGCUGACGUGGACCUACCUGCCAUCGAGGGUGACUUGAAGACUUGUGAAGUCAGCAUUCAGCUCCCCUCCACCGACAAGAACCUGCAGGCCGGCCAGGUGGGCAUGAAGCUUCCUGAGGCAGAGCUGCCCACCGGGCAUCCAGGCCUCAAAGAGCACGUGCCCAGGGAGGAGAUGCCCAGCAUCAAGAUGUGUAAAGUGGACCUCAAGGGCCCACAGGUGGACAUCAAGGGCCCCAGUGUGGACUUGAAAGGAGCCAAGGGUGAUGUGAGAGCUGCUGAGUUGGAUGUGUCACUGCUCAGCGUUCAGGCGGAUAUUCAGGCCUCAGGAGGCAAGCCUGAAGAUGUGGGGGCCAAAGACAGCAAUUUCAAGAUGCCCAAGUUGAAGAUGCCCUCCUUCGCCAUGUCUGCCACCGGCAAGACCCUCAAGUCCUCCCUGGAGGUCUCCACACCCAAGCUAGAGGCAGAAGUAGACCUACCCACCAUCCAAGGUGAAGUUAAGAUCCCUGAGGUCAGCAUUCAGCUGCCCUCCACUGACAUGGACCUGCAGGCCAGCCAGGUGGACAUAAAGAUGCCUGAGGCAGAGCUGUCCAUGGGGGCUCCUGGUGUGAAAGGGCAGCUGCGCAAGGUGCACAUGCCUAUCAUCAAGAUGCCCAAAGUAGACCUCAAGGGCCCAAAGGUGGACAUCAAGGGCCCCAGCAUGGACUUGAAAGGAGCCAAAGGUGAUAUGGGCGCUCCUGAGUUGGAUGUGUCACUGCCCUGCAUUCACAUGGACAUCCAGGCCACAGGCAGCAAGCUUGAGGGAGAUUUGGGGGCCAAAUACAAGUUCAAGAUGCCCCAGUUCAAGAUGCCGUCCUUUGGCAUGUCUGCACCUGGAAAGACCACCGAGUCUUCCCUGGAGGUCUCCUCGCCUAAGCUGGAAGCUGACGUGUACAUACCUGCCAUCCAGGGUGAAGUGAAGACCCCUGAGGUCAGCAUUCAGCUCCCCUCCACUGACAUGGACCUGCAGGGUGGCCAGGUGAGCGUGAAGCUGCCCACUGCAGAGCUGCCCACUGGGCAUCCAGGCCUCAAAGGGAAGCUGCCCAAGGUGCACAUGCCCAAAAUCAAGAUGCCCAAAGUGGACCUCAAGGGCCCACAGGUGGACAUCAAGGGCCCCAGCAUGGACUUGAAAGGAGCCAAGUGUGACAUGAGAGCUCCCGAGGUGGAUAUAUCACUGCCCAGCAUGAAGAUGGAUGUUCAGGCCUCAGGCAGUAAACUUGAGGGAGAUUUGGAGGCCAAAGACAGCAAGUUCAAGAUGCCCAAGUUCAAGAUGCCCUCCUUCGACAUGUCAGCCCCCAGCAAGACCCUCGAGGCCUCGCUGGAGGUGUCCACACCCAAGCUGGAGGCCCACGUGGUUCUACCCUCCAUCCAGAGUGAAGUUAAGAUCCCUGAAGUCAGUAUUCAGCUCCCCUCCACUGACGUAGACCUGCACAGUGGCCAGGUGGACAUGAACCUGCCCAAGACAGAGCUGCCCACCAGGCAUCCAGGCCUCAAAGGGCACCUGCCCAAGGUUCAGAUACCCACCAUGAAGAUUCCUAAAGUGGACCUCAAGGGCCCACAGUUGGACAUCAAGGGCCCCAGAGUGGACAUGAAAGGAGCCAAGGGUGAGGUGGGCACUCCCGAGGUCGACAUGUCACUGCCCAGUGUUCAGAUGGAUGUUCAGACCUCAGGAGGUAAGCCUGAGGGGGAUUUGAAGGCAAAAGACAGCAAGUUCAAGAUGCCAAAGUUCAAGAUGCCCUCCUUUGCCAUGUCCACUACUGGCAAGACCCUCGAGUCCUCCUUGGAGAUCUCCAUACCCAAGCUAGAGCAGGACGUGGACCUACCUGUCAUCCAGGGUGAACUGAAGACCCCUGAGGUCAGCAUUCAGCUCCCCUACACCGACAUGGACCUGCAGGCCAGCCAGGGGGGCGUAAAGAUGCCCAAGGCAGAGCUGUCCACGGGGGUUCCAGGCCUGAAAGGGCAGCUGCCCAAGAUGCACAUGCCUAGCAUCAAGUUUCCCCAAGUGGACCUCAAGGGCCCACAGGUGGACAUCAAGGGCCCCAGCAUGGACUUGAAAGGAGCCAAGGUUGAUGUGGGUGCUCCUGGGGUGGACAUGUCACUGCCCAGCGUGCAGGUGGAUGUUCAGGCUGCAGGCAGCAAGCUUGAGGGGGAUUUGGGGGCCAAAGAGAGCAAAUUCAAGAUGCCCAAGUUCACGAUGCCCUCUUUUGGCGUAUCAGCACCCAGCAAGUCCUUGCUGGACAUAUCCACACCCAAGCUGGAGGCCGACAUGGACCUACCAACUAUCCAGGGUGAUGCGAAGACCCCUGAGGUCAGCAUUCAGCUGCCUUCCCAUGACAUGGACCUCCAGGCCGCCCAGCUGAGCAUGAAGUUGCCUGCAGCAGAGCUGCCUACUGGGCAUCCAGGCCUCAAAGGGCACCUGCCCAAGGAGAAGAUGCCCAAAGUGCACCUCAAGGGCCCACAGGUCAACAUCAAAGGCCCUAGAGUGGACUUGAGUGGACCCAAGGUUGAUGUGGGAGUUCCCGAGAUAGAGGUGUCACUGCCCACUGUGGAGGUGGAUGUCGAGGCUACCAGUGACAAGCUGGAAGGUGAAGUGGAGGCCAAAGACAGCAAGUUCAAGAUGCCCAAAUUCAAGAUGCCUUCCUUUGGCAUGUCCACACCCAGAAAGACCAUCGAGUCCUCCCUGGAGGUAUCCUUGCCCAAGCUGAAGGCUGACAUGGACCUUCCCGCCAUCAAGGAUGACUUGAAGACCCCUGAGGUCAGCAUUCAGCUCCCCUCCACCAACAUGGAUCUGCAGGCCAGCCAGGUAGGCGUGAAGCUGCCCGAGGCAGAGCUGCCCAUUGGGCAUCCAGGCCUCAAAGGGCUGCUGCCCAAGGUGCACAUGCCCAGAAUCAAGAUGCCCAAAGUGCACCUCAAGGGCCCACAGGUGGACAUCAAGGGCCCCAGCAUGGACUUGAAAGGAGCCAAGGGUGAUAUUGGCGCUCCUGAGUUGGAUGUGUCACUUCCCAGUGUUCAGGUGGAUGUUCAGACUUCAGGAGGUAAGCCCGAGGAGGAUUUGGGGGCCAAAGACAGCAAUUUCAAGAUGCCUAAGUUCAAGAUACCCUCCUUUGGCAUGUCGGCCCCUGGCAAGUCCCUUGAGUCCACCUUGGAGGUCUCCACACCCAAGCUUGAGGGAGACGUACACUUACCCACCAUCCAGGGUGAAGUGAAGACCCCUGAGGUCAACAUUCAGCUGCCCUCCACUGACAUGGACCUGCAGGCCAGCCAGGUGGGCUUGAAGAUGCCCAAGGCAGAGCUGUCCAUGGGGGGUCCAGGCCUGAAAGGGCAGCUGCCCAAGGUGCACAUGCCUAGCAUCAAGAUGCCCAGUGUGGACCUCAAGGGCCCGCAGAUGGACAUCAAGGGCCCAAGACGGGGCGUGAAAGACACCACGAGUGAGGUGGGUACACACAAGCUGGAGGUCUCACUGUCCACUGCAGAGGUGGACGUCCAGGCUGCCAGCGGCAAGCUGGAGGAGGGUGAAGUGGAGGCCAAAGAGAGCAAGUUCAAGAUGCCCAAGUUCAAGAUGCCCUCCUUCACCCUGUCUGCAACCAGCAAGACCCUCGAGGCCUCACUGGAAGUGUCCACGCCCAAGCUGGAGGCUGACAUGGCCCUGCCUGCCAUCCAGGGUGACAUGAAGACCACAGAUAUCGGGGUUUCGCUGCCUGCAGUCAAUGUAGACCUGCAGGCAAACCAGUUGUGCGUGAAGCUGCCUGAGGCAGAGCUGCCCACCGAGGGCACAGACCUAAAAGGGCACCUGCCCAAGGUGCAUAUGCCCAGCAUCAAGUUGCCCAGAGUGGACCUCAAGGGCCCACAAGUGGACAUCAAAGUCCCCAGUGUAGACUUAAAAGGACCCAAGGGUGAGGUGGGCACACCCGAGCUGGAGGUGUCACUGGCCAGUGCGGAGUUGGAUGUCCAGGCUGCCAGUGGCAGGCUGGAGGGUGAGAUAGAGGCAAAAGACAGCAAGUUGAAGAUGUCUAAGUUCAAGAUGCCCUCCUUUGGCAUGUUGGCACCUGGCAACACCAUCGAGUCCUCCCUGGAGGUCUUCUCACCCAAGCUGGAGGCUGACGUGGACAUACCCGCUAUCGAGGGUGACGUGAAGACCCCUGAGGUUGGUAUUCAGCUUCCCUCCAUGAACAUGGACCUGCAGGACAGCCAGGUGGGUGUGCAGCUGCCUGAGGCAGAGCUGCCCACUGGGCAUCCAGGCCUGAAAGGGCAGCUGCCCAAGGUGCACGUGCCCAGCAUCAAGAUGCCCAAAGUGGACCUCAAGGGCCCACAAGUGGACAUCAAAGUCCCCAGGAGGGACUUGAAAGGAUCCAAGGGUGAAGUGAGCACUGCCGAGCUGGAGGAGUCACUGCCCAGUGUGGAGAUGGAUGUCCAGGCUGCCGCCAGCAAGCUGGAGGGUGAAGUGCGGGCCAAAGAGAGCAAGUUCAAGAUGCCCCAGUUCAAGAUGCCCUCCUUUGGCAUGUCAGCCCCCACCAAGACCCUUGAGGCCUCGCUAGAGGUUUCCAUGCCCAAGUUUGAGGCUGACGUGGUCCUGCCAGCCGUUGAGGGUGACAUGAAGACCCCUGAGGUCAUCAUUCAGCUCCCCUCCACUGAGCAGGGUCCUCACACCAUUCCCCCUAGCCAGCACUCUUAUCCCAAGGGUCCUCUGUCUCCUAUGGUUCAGAGUCAUGUGACUUUCCCUACAUUCCAUAGACCACGCUUUGUGGUUUCUAUGCCACUCACAGUGGCUCCUGAGGACGACUCUGGCUCCACAGAGCAUGGUCCUAUCUCACUCCUCAGCCAGGAGCCUAGGCAGGACUGCUCUGCUCCUGCAGCAAAGGUAUCCCAGCUGCCAUUAUCCCAGCCAUCACCCACAGCUGUCCCUGUGUCCCUGGUGGUGCCAGAACUCCUGGGCCCUUCUACAGGACGAGCUGCUGCAGGGGGUGCUGAGCAGGAGGGGAGGGGAAGUCCCUCCAAAACUCCUCGCUUCAAGUUGCCAUUGUUCAGCUGGUCACCAAAGAAGGAGGCCAGGCCCAUGGGGGACAGCAUGUGCCUCCUGGAAGACCCCACAGAUAGCCUAGCCUUGGGUCUGGAUCAUGAGGACUCCCAUCCUGGGGAUCAGGACGCCCAAGUGGAGGCACACAUGGCCCUGCCUGCAGAGAAGACAAGUGACUUGGGUAGCACCAGGAAGGCUGGCUUUGCCCUGCGGAGAUUGGUCCUUCCCAAGCUAAAGUCGUCCAAAGGCUCAGCUGGCCUGAGGCCACAGGAAGACGAAGACACUGUGCUUUCUAGCAGUACAGCUGCAGGUGACUGUGGAGCCAUAGAAAGGGGUGGUAGUGAGGGUAGCAUAGGCAGCACAGGUUUUCCUGGAGGACCCCAAGAAGCAAGGGAUGUGGCCCUCCAGCUACCACAGACCCCUGCCUCCAGUGUGGGCUCUGUGAAAAUGGAUCUCAGGUCUUUUCCGGCAGAGCAGGGGGCAAGCCAGUGUGAUGUUGAUCCUGGGUGUGACUGGGCAAUGGGAGGAGGCAGCAAAGGACUUGGGCUCAGGGGCAGCUCAGCCAGAAAGCCCCAGGGGGAAGGGAUAGCCCCCACCACAGAAGGCCCCCUGAAGGCACCCUUAGGACACACAGACAGAGUCCCCUCCCUGAACAGCCCAGAGGAGGCCCCCACUACUGGGGAGCCCACAGCCGAUUCACAGGAGCGAUGGUUCAGAAUGCCCAGACUCCGUGUUCCUGGCUUCAGGCGGCUGUCAUCUAAGGAGCAAGGCGAGGCCCAGGGACAGGAUGUGGCUCAGGUGCACUUGCCUGUGGCCGCUGUACCAGCAGAAGCACCAGCAGCCACUGGUGUCCCAGUGUUCUGUGUCCCUGGAUCAGAAGUGGAGGCCAGUGUGUUCCUACAGCCUGUAGACACAGAAGUCACGGUGACAGCUCCUGGGACUGCAUCCUAUGCAGAUGUUCUAAAGCGUGAUCGCGACCGCUGGGCCUUGAAACUGCACCCUCCUUCCGUGAAGCUGUCUGGAGGGGACCAGCCCCACUCUAAGGGCCAGGUUUGUGCAGUGGAAGGCUCCCUCCCCUGUCAGAAGCCCAUUGGGAGGCCUUCAGAAGCCCAGGCUCCUGCAGCAGAGUGGUGCAAGGUGAAGGACAGAGCAGAGCUGCAGACCUGCCAGCCAGAAGGACCUGUGCCACUGAGGGUGUCCAGCACUGAUGUGCCAUCCCAGGACUCUGUGCUGGACACACGGCAGCUCUGGGAAGACUCUGUGCUCACCGUCACAUUCCCCAAGCUCAGGGUGCCCAGAUUCUCUUUCCCAGCCCCGGGUGCAGAGACGGCUAUGUUCUUCCCCGUGGUGAAGGACAUAUGCCAAGAAGAGGUGGGUGCAGACCCAGGACUGGGGCUCUGGGGCUCCAGUAUCCUGAGGGCAGGCCCUGGGGACCCUGGGGAGCAGCCUGUGGGCCCCAGCCACCCCUUGGAAGGUUCCCCAGUGUCCACAGUGAAGGUGCACAUCCAGGAAGCACAGGCCAAGAGUCUCGAGGUUGUGGUUUGCAGCCCGGUGAUGCAAGAGCGAGUACAGUGCCUGGUUCCUGAGGCCUUUUCCACACAGAGAGUGAGGGAAUUGGAGAUCCCUGCAUCCCCUGUACAGAUGCCUUCUUAUGGAUUUUCUCUGCUGAAGCUGAAGACCCCAGGGCCUCCUGCUCAGGCUCCAGGCUCAGGGGCACAGGAGGGGUCUGCCGCACCCAGAGCAGACUCCUGCCCUGAAGACAGUACCCCUGAUGCCACAGAGCCAUUCGAGGUGAUCUCGGGCAGCACCAGCCUCCCGGGGCUGCAGACACUCAGGUCUGACGACCCCGCCAGGCCUCCACCUGCAGGCAGCGGCUCUGACCCUGAUGAAGAGCCGGCAGAAAUCCUAGAAUUUCUGCCUGAGGAUAGCGUGGAGGCCUCGGCCCAGCUGGUGGCCGAAGACAAAGCUCCAAAAGGGAGGCCAGAAGGAAAAAAGCCUUCUGGUCUGUUGUGGUCCUGGCUUCCGAACAUCGGGUUCUCCCCUGUCAGUGAAACUAUCGCUGACUCCAGAGAUGACACCCAAAGAUCUGUUCCUGUCCUGACCCAGCCGGGGCCUCAGCCAGACCUGGAACCACCCAAGAGGCAGGAGAGGGUGGGCUGGUUCCGGUUUCCCAAAUUAGGCUUCUCCUCCUUGCCCACCAAGAAGACCAAAAGCACAGAGGAGGAAGAGGAGGAGGCAGCCCUGGCCGAGCAGAAGCUCCAGGAAGAAAGUGUCACUUUUUUUGAUGCCAGGGAAAGCUUCUCACCUGAGGAGGAGGAGGAGGGCCAGCCGGCCAUGAGGGCCCCAGGCACCACAGACAUGGUGGCGUCCUUGGCAAGAACAGAGUUAAUCCUGCUGGAGCCAGAUACUCCCGCUGAUGAGGAAUCUGCACCCAGACCAACAAGCAAAUGAAGGCCAGACGGGUGCAGUGUCAGGGCAGCACCCAGGCUGCAGCAUGGAGCACCCUGUCCCGGCCCCACAUGAUACCCUUGAUUCACAGGUGAAUGAAGCAGAGCUUGGCGAGAACCUCAGCACCUCACAUUGCCCAGCUCCCACCAGGCUGUGGAGGCAAAGAAGGCACACUGACUCCUCAAAGGGAAGAUCCUGGUGUCCACAUGUCUCCUGGCAUCCUGCUGUUCCUCCAGGGUGCUCAUUCCUGAACCCAGAACCCAGCUGUGUACACCCUGUAGCCUGGCCUGGCUGGAGCUGGCUCAGCGCCCCCUGGAGGCAAUAAAGGAAGCAAUGCACCCCAGGGGAGAGGCUGCUGAGCUCUUCUGUUC